CGAACAGGUGCUUUCGGAGACCCGCUACGCGCCUCGGCAUGUCCGCGUCCAUGGGCAAAAAUGUGGGCCGAUCCCGGAGGUAGUGCAAUACCGGGCCGACCUGCGGCGGAGGUGGCGUCAAACACUCAGGAAAAUGAAACGAAAAGUGCACGGAUUCUUUGGAAUCGCGCAUACAACAUACAAGAACAGCAUUCGUUUCAGUAAAGCACAAAACAAUUACGCAUCCGAACCACAUAGCUGAUGGCAAUGCGAAGCGCUCCCGGCACUGUCGUGGUGACGUCACUAUAUAUCCUUUCGUAAGCCUAGCAACUACUUUCAUUGUUGUUGCAUAUAGCAACGCAUAGUUCCCGAGGAGCGGCAAAGAAAUGCCAGCGCUGCCGUUAUGCAAUAAAGCAUUGGUGGUUUUCAACACCUUCGCCGGAUGCAUCCCGCAGGGCCGCGACCAGCGGCUCGCUUGAAAGGCCUUUUCUGAUGCGGCUCAUUGGGAACGCACAGCACAACUAUUUCCGCGUCGCUGAAAUCUAAAUAAGGAGGUCGGCCCUUUCCGCUUCGAUGCCACAAACGAGAAAGAGCCGCCGUGAACCUAUAGAUGUCGUAGCCAUCUUUGUUUAUUUGCCAGCUCAAGAUUCUGGAGUUGCCAAUAGCCUCAUUACUUUUCUAACGUUCUCGCUCCAGGUUUGGUGCCAGUGCUGCUUGGCUGCCUGAGCAUCUCUGCAGCAGCACGUGACAAUGCCGCCCUCUACGAGAGCCGCCACGCUGUGCUGCGCAUGCGCGCUCUACCUCGGUCCCGCUGCGCAGGCGCUGUUCCAGAAACCCGCUCUGCACACUGGCGGGGAUGCGCCGCUGACGCGCCAAGUUCUGCAGUUGCCGUCUCGUCGCAUCGCCGCCGUGGCCGACAGCGCGUCGCCGGCGCUCUCGAAGCUGGCCUCGCUAACCACGAGUGGCGCGGGACUCGUGGGUGGCGGCGUCCUACCGUCCCUCGGCCAAGCCGACCACGUUCCGUCCACGGCGCGCAAGAAAAGGACGCAAGGUGGUCGCACAGCCUCGACCGCCCAGAAGCGACGCAUGGACGGCGUCAAGCUGGUUCAGACGGCGCUGGACAAGAGCCACCGGCUGCUGCUGGACGUGGCGGCCAAGAUGCCCAACCUGGUGCCCCGCAUGGACGCCCAGGAAUGCCUCAAGAGGACCGUCUGCGAGGCGCACAACAAGCCCGGCCGAUACGGGCUCCUCGGCAUCGCGAUCCAGUUCUUCUUCCCGCCGUUCCGGCCGGGCGACGCCGAAGGUACUCGCAUGUCGCCCCUGCAGCUGGCGGCGCGCUACGGCCGGGACCCGAGUGCCGACUGCGGCCGACAGUACGACGGCUGCUUCCUGGACACGCUGCAGACGCUGCAGGCCGCUGUCGACUACUUGCUGCGCCGACAGCAGGCUGCCAACAAGCCCGGGUCGACGCUGCUGCUGCACGCGUUCUCCAGCGCUCAGCAAGCAGCUCCGCCCAUCGUCUGGGGCUCAGCAGGUGGCGGAGUGGUCGAGCCCAUCACUGCACCGCCGUGACUGCCUCUGAUGAGCCGCACGCGGAGCUCAUCGUGUGGUAUAUUGUCCCGCGUCAUGCAGCAGCUGUCCUGAAGGUUACACGAAAACGAUUCUAUAGGGGACCGCCGUGGUUGGGCGGUCCUUCUGACCUUGCAGGGCGAGUCUCGUGCCGACGACCGAAUCUAUGA